GUAAGUCUACAGCAGGAAACAAACUGAAGCUUUAAAUAUACACACAUUUGACGGUUGUCAGAGAGGUAUAUACAACCAUGGUGGAAACAUUAAACGAAUUAGCCCAGUUGAGAAACUCUGGGUUCGGUCGACCCCGGCCCAGACACGGACUCAAACUCCUCUACUGGUUUGCCAGUGAAUGCGUUUCUUUUGAAAACAAUGACAUGCUCUCUCAAUGUGACCCAGCUGAGAAAGAUUUUGGUUUUCACUAUUUUGAGAACAGAUAUGACCAAACACGGAAUAAACUUCUUCCAGACAUAAAUUUUCCUUACUAUGUCGUUGGCAAUCUAAAUUCACAAGGAGCUGAAGAACUUCCCGAUUAUGUCUCAGAAGACAAAUAUACUGAUGAUCACGACAGCAACACAGACCGCAUCAUUGUCAGUGUUGAUGAGGAGUGGUUUGAUAGAGUUUAUGUGACUCAACACCACGACCGAUCAAACUACGAUCCGAACGCCACUUACCGGAUCUCCAAAGGCCUUCUCACGCUCAUCAGGAGGAUGAGUUUAAAUGAGUUUCUGGUGGCAAUGGGUUAUUAUCAAAACAAACAGUAUGUCCCACCAAUGCCUGCCUUCAAUUUCAGCCCUCAAACUACAAACACAGUCAUUCUAGAUUUAACUGCGGUCACUUCAUCAUCCAAUGAUUCAUCUGACAGUGAGUUUCCUGCAACACAGAGCAGUAGCACUGUAAUCCAGAUGCAUGAUGACACACCUGCACAAAAAAAAGUCAGAGAACUUCACAAAAGUCAGAGAACCCACAGCAAAUGGAUGGUGGGAAAGAUUAUGCACCAUUCUUUAAAACAGAUGUGCGUUCCAGUGUUUUUGGCAGGACUCAUUUGUGGAUUUCCUAUUUCUCUUUGUCAAGCCUACAAAUACAGAUGCAAAUAAUAAAUAUUUUCCCAAAACUUUUGCAACUAUAAAGGCUGAUGGGAAAUUACAUUUGGUCUCAUCAGAACAGUGAUGUCUGGCGAGCUUUAUCACUAGUUUUCAAAAAAAUGUGUACAAAUGUAAUUGUACAGUAACGUUCAACAACAUGCUACAUAGUCACAUUGUCCUAUCAUCUGUAUGUAAGAUACACUGUAUUAUCACACAUGGGGGGGUCCAAUACUUAUGUGAUCACCAAUUUACUUUUAUUUACACACCUAUUCAAUACCUAUUCAAUUAUUUGCUUAAUUUCAUUAUCAGGGAAAUGGGGAAAUGAGAAAAUCAUUUUUUUUAUUGAGAAAAGUUGAGUUGACGAUGAAUGUCAUGUCACAUAGAAAUAUUUCAAAAGACGAGCAUGUGCAGAGCAUGCAUGCAAUUUUCACUAGAGUUAUGCCAGUGAAGGCUUAAAUGGGAAGAAUCAAUACUUCUUGUGUUUAAAGCUGCUUUUGAUUUAGCAAUGAAAAUCAGAUAAAGACUGUUAUUAGGUGUAUAUCAUUUUAUUUUAGUAAUAUUAUUAUUAUUCAUUUGCAAUGUUAUUAGUGUCAGCAGUGUCAUUCAAAUGUUUUGUUACUGUGGAAAAGGAACAAAAAUGCUGACGAACAAUGCUGUUUUGCUUUGG